UGUGAUUUUUAUUAAAGGGAUGGUUCAGAGAGUGAGAAAAGAAAAGAAAGAAACCCAUGAAAGUAAAGAACUACAAAAAGCAGCAGCAGCAGCUAGUUCUUAAGAAGUAGCAGCAGUGGAAACAAACUAACUUCAAAGCAAAAAAAAAAACAUCAUAAGAACUCAAACCUUGGGGAGGGAGAAACAAACUCAAAGAUAGUGUCUGUGUAGAGUGUUUCAUGAUCAUCUUCAUUCAGUUUCAGUCAAGUGUAUUAAGAGGGGUGUAGGGGUUUUUCAUUUAGGAAGUAAUGCGUGCAGGAGGUUUUACAUUACAGCAGACCCUCACAACAGAGGCUGCUUCAAUCUUAAAACAUUCAUUAAGUUUAGCAAAGAGGAGAGGGCAUGCUCAGAUAACACCACUUCAUGUUGCUGCAACAUUGUUGAGUGACUCAAGAACAAGCUUGUUAAAAAGAGCUUGUUUAAAAUCAAACCCUCAUUCAAAUUCUCAUCCACUUCAAUGCAGAGCACUUGAGUUGUGUUUUAAUGUUGCUUUGAAUAGAUUACCAACAACUCAUCCUAGUAGUCAUUUGCUUCAUCAUGGUGGUGUUGGUGGUGGUGGUGGUAAUCAGCCUUGUCUUUCUAAUGCUUUGAUAGCUGCUCUGAAAAGAGCUCAAGCUCAUCAGAGAAGAGGUUGUAUUGAGAAUCAGCAGUCUCAAUCUCAACAGCAACAGCAGCAACCUCUUUUAGCUAUUAAGGUUGAGCUAGAACAACUUACAAUAUCUAUCUUAGAUGAUCCUAGUGUUAGUAGAGUUAUGAGGGAAGCUGGGUUCUCUAGUAUUUCUGUCAAGAACAAUCUUGAAGACUUAUCAAUAUCUUCUUCACCUUCUUCUGUUUUUCAGUACAAUUCAGCUCCUUCUAGUACUACUUUUCUGUGUUCUCCUCCUACUCAUCAUGAUCAUAAUAAUAACUUCAUCAAUCAUAAUGGGUUUUGGCAAACCCAUUUCAUGUCUGAACAAAACCCAUUUCUGUUUCAUCCUAAGAAUCAUUUGAAAAACACUACCACCACCACCCAUGAUUUUAAUGAUUCAGUCAGUGAAAGAGAGAGGGAUUUAAGGCUAGUUUUUGAGGUCUUUGCUACUAGUGGCAAGCGAAGGAACACAGUUAUUGUUGGUGAUUGUUUAACAACAACUGAAGGUUUAGUUGAAGAGUUAAUGAAUAGAGUUCAGAGAAGUAUUAACAUUCCUAAUGAGUUAAGAUCAACCCAUGUUCUUAAGUUUCAGUUAUCUUUGAAGUUCAUGAAGAGAAAUGAAGUGGAGAUGAAGAUAUCUGAUUUGAGAAGUAAAGUAUCUUCUCUAGUGUCAUUAGGAAGUGGAGUUAUUAUCUAUAUUGGUGAUUUGAAAUGGGUUGUUGCUGAUGAAAAUGAGAAUCACAGUGGGUUCUUAGUUGAAGAGAUUGGAAGGUUAAUAUCAGAUUUCCGUUCAUCAUCAAAAGUUUGGUUAAUGGCUACUGCUGAUUAUCAAACUUAUAUGAAAUGUCAAGUUAAACAACCUUAUUCUCUUGAGAUGCAAUGGUUUCUUCAAGCUGUUUCUGUUCCUUCUGGUGGUCUUGGUUUAUCUUUACAUGGUUCUAGUGGAAUGCAGUCAAGGAUGAGUGUUUUGCAAAGCCAAUCUCAGAUGCAAGAAACUAAGCCAUUUGCUGCAGUGGAUGAGCAAGACAAGCUCACUUGUUGUGCUGAAUGUACCUCUAAUUUUGAAAGGGAUGCAGGGUUUUUCAAAUCAGGGCAACAGAAGUCGUCGCCGUCUUUCCUAAGUUCUGCUGGUGCUAAAGAAAUGGACAAGGGUUCAAAGCAGUUGCCUUACUGGUUGCAGCCUAAUCGAGCCGAUUCUCGUCAUCAGGAUGAUUUGGUGGAACUGAGGAGAAAAUGGAACAGAUUGUGUCAUAGCUUGCACCAUCCAAGGUCUAAUCAGCUUCAUCCUAAUUCUCCUUCGUUGUUCAACAACCGUGCUUCAUCAUAUCCGUGGUGGACUAGUGCUGCAGGAUCAAACUUGAACCAGAACAACACUUUCCGUGAAUCAGAGACAAAACUCAAUCAAACUUCAAAUCCUGUGGUUCAUUUUGGAACGCGCCAACCUUGUUCUAUUGACUUUGGUUUUAGCACUACUGGAACCCCAAAGCAAAUUCCAUCAGAACCAAGGCUUGAUUCUCUUAGAAGCAUGGAAAGCAAGGACUUAAAGAUCACACUUGCUCUUGGUAACCCAUUGUUCUCCGAUCAGAAGGAUUCUGCAAAAGAACAAGACUUGUGUAAGCUGCUGCAAGAAAAUAUCCCGUGGCAAUCCGAGACAGCUCGUUCAAUUGCAGAAGCUUUAAUCAACCCAGGACCAACCAAGAAGAAUGGGAAUUGGUUAUUCAUUCAAGGAACAGAUUUGGUUGCAAAAAGGCGAUUGGCACGAGCAAUUUCAGAGACAUUUUCUGGGUCUUCUUAUCAUCUUGUCAACAUGAACAUGAGAAGAGAAAAAGAGGCCAGCCUAAGUUGCAGAAUUCUCUUAGAAGCAUUGAAAUCCCAUGAAAGAUGCAUUGUUCUGAUUGAAGAAAUUGAUUUUGCUGAUGCACAUUUUGUUAAAUUUCUUGCGGAUGGCUUUCAAACUGGACGGCUCGAAGAUCACAGCGGGAGAGAAGUCAGUUUGUCUGGAGCCACAUUUGUUGCCAUGACAAGUACUUCUUCGGGACUUGAAGACGAUGGCAUCAUCUCCAUGAAAUUAGUAGUUGAAGCUGAAACAUGUCCUAGUUUGAGACCAACUGACUCAAGUCAUAAGCGCAAAGCCGAGUCAGAACUACCUAACAAGAGGCAAAGCCCACAAACCAGUGGAAGUGGAGACGAGAAGACGGGACAUGCCACAAAGGUAUUUUCGAGGCAAUCAAGCUCGAACACCCUUGAUUUGAAUCUGUUAGCAGUAGGAGACGAGGAAGAGGAAGACAGCGACGAACAGAAAACCUCAGAGUUCACUCCAGUUCCUAGUGAUCUGACUCAAGAAACAGAUUUAGCUUACGAGAAAACACAUUAUGGGUUCUUCGAGUCCUUCGAAAACCGGUUUGUUUUGGAUAGAACUUCAGCAUCUCACGACGAGAUGGCUGAGAACCUCAGGUCUAAAAUCAAUGGGGUGUUUGUAGAGGUGUUUGGGAAUGUAAAGAGAGGGUGUUGGUCUGUUGAUCAAGAGGUUUUGGAUGAAAUGGUUUGUAGUUGCGGUUCAUUUCUUGCAGACUUGUUUGACAAAUGGCUAAUAGACAUUUUUCAAACAAGUUUGCUAACGGUUAAAAAAGGCGGGGAUUGGGGUACAGUUAGGCUUACUUUUGGGGGUAUAAAAAAGGGGGGGAAUGGUAUAAUGGAGUUUGGGUAUAUGGGUUCAAAUCUUCCUACAAGCAUUCAAGUUUGAAUGAAAAUGUAUGGAAGAAGUUCAUGUAGAAAAGGAAAUGAAAUGACCAAGUGUCCUUUGUUUAAUCUCUUUA